GACCUGUUCAGUGUCGCAUCCUAGGCACACACAAAUCUGAGGGAUCCUCAUUAAAGAUGUGUUUAUAAUAAGAGAAGAACAUUAGUUAACUUCUCCUUCUCAGAUUACCCUUAAACAGGAGCAUUAGGCUCAGCUGAAAAAGAUCUAGUGCAAUAACAGAAAUUUAGAAUUAGUGCAAAUUAGAGACAGUUUUAAGACUGAUGCUGAUACUGAUCUUGAUUUCUGAGUUUCAAUAGCCAAUAGCCGUAUAUUAUUAUUAAAGAAUUGGACCUAAGAUAUGUACUUACCAGGACAUUUUAGACUUGAAAAAUGAACUGGUCUGCUGUCAAACUGUAAUGGUGACACUAUUUCUAAACUUCAUAUAUGCUUAUAUAUACACAUAAGUUCAUACUUGAGUUUAGUCUCAACUUGAUUUGCGUUCAGAAGCCUCUUAGAUCUUAUUUCAGCUCUGGCAAAAUGUAAGUGAUACAGCAAUCGACAACCUGCGGGCGUGAACAACAGUGUGUGAUGAUACAAAUUGGCAGUGCAUGAACAUGCACGCAGUGAGUCCCGUCUGCUGCAGCGUCUCGGCGGGCCGACCUCUGGGACAGAAGAAGCAAACAGGCUCCUUUAAUGAGCGGAGGGAGCUGCAGACCCUGUCCUGGAGGGAGCGCAUCGAGAGGGGUUACUAUGCCACCUGGAUACAGAGACACUGCACCGAGGCCGGUGGGACAGGCUGCUUGCUGGAAGGGCCCUUGUCCGAGCGUCACGUGGAUUCGUGGUAUGUUCUCGUCGGGGCUGCGCUCCCUGCUCUCAGAAACUCUCCGUUCUGCGAAGGAGGACUGUUAAACCACCUGAAUGAAGCCCUGAUGGACACAGAAGUAGACUGGACUCGUGUACCUCCCUGUGACUCUUGCCGUGUGGUUUGUGCAGCCUCCAUCUUGUCCAGCAUCACAGGUAUUUGCGCCUUCAAAGGCAACAGUGAUGGGAACAAAGAAAAGAGACAGUGUCUGGUGUUUGGCAGCCGCUCAGUGUGGGGUGCUUGUGAGAGCCAAUUUGGGGAUUUAGUCUUAACGUUUUCUGCAGAGCCUUCAUUUGCUCAAAGGGGCUGCAUCACGCUGCACGACGGGGAGCCGCUGUACCAGCAGGAGCUCUUAGGUUGUGUUGUGUUUUCCCUGCAGACCCUGAACUCGGGGGAUGCCCUGCUGCUGCCUGUGUUUUCUGCCCUCACCCGUGUCACAGCAGCUCUUGUACUCUGCCUGCAUGUGUGUUUUCGCUCAGUCACGUUCAGGUGUCCGCCCCCCUCCGGCGCAGUCGGGACGGUGCUUGUGUGUGUCGGUUUCUGCCCUGAAGCUGCUGCUCGGAUACUCCCUCUUCUCACCGACGUCCACCACUGCAUGAGUCAGCUGUUGCGGGGGGAGGAGGGUAAGAGUCAGUCUUGUGGCAGUGACAGACAGGUGCUGCAGUUUGUUCCCAUGGAGGAACUGCUCACUGGAGGACUGACUGAGUUCCUGUGGACCAUGAACUCUGAAAUCAUCCAACAGAAGCUGCAUCUGCUCAUGCAAACAUAGUGCAGGUUAUUGAGCUGUGGCUCUCAUUUUGUUACAGUCUGUUUUAUUCUUGUUGAAGCAGCAGCUGCAACUGCAUGAACCUCCAGCAGUUAGUCAGUGAAUCAUUUUUUGUGUUGAUAUUUAAAAAGUAAUCCACUGAUUUGACAUUGCACUUCUAUAGCGAUUGUGAUGGACAGUUUAAAAGAAGGAUCAUCAUUUAUGCAAUGGAACCAAAGACAUUGCCAUUUUGCCUUGUCAAAAUCUGCACCUGUUACCCACAGUGCAAUUCAACUGCCUGUAGUUUGGUUAUAGAUUUGCAUGUGAUCACUGGAGGCAGUUUAUCAGACUCCUUCUGUAGCCGCAAAAGAGUUUUUGUAACUUUUUUUCACGUUUGCAAUUCAGAGUUCCCCUUUAAGUCUAAUGAUGAAGAUCUUCAGCAGAGAGGGUCUUACUAAUGUUUUCAGGCCUUUUCAUUUAUUGAGGAGGGGUUUUUUCCCUCCAGUUUAUGUGAUGGUAUGUUGGAUACAGUACCAAGGGCUUCUUACUGUCAUCAUUUAGAAAUGAAAAUCACUGACUUACAGGAUGGUGUUGUGUAAGGAAACUACACUUUGUAGAUCAGUGUAAUGCUGUCUAUGAAAACAGGGAUGUGGCAAAACAGAACUAAAGCUUGACUAAUACAUCCAGAUGGCAGCCCGUAUACUGGACAAUAAAUAGCAGCAUUUGAGGUAAAGGUUACAAGUUUACAAAGGUACAAGUUUAGUUUUCAACUUAUAAAAUGACCUGUUCAGUGUUGCAUCCUAGGCACAAGAAUUGGACCUAAGAUAUGUACUUACCAGGACAUUUUAGACUUGAAAAAUGAACUGGUCUGCUGUCAAACUGUAAUGGUGACACUAUUUCUAAACUUCAUAUAUGCUUAUAUAUACACAUAAGUUCAUACUUGAGUUUAGUCUCAACUUGAUUUGCGUUCAGAAGCCUCUUAGAUCUUAUUUCAGCUCUGGCAAAAUGUAAGUGAUACAGCAAUCGACAACCUGCGGGCGUGAACAACAGUGUGUGAUGAUACAAACUGGCAGUGCAUGAACAUGCUAAUUACUUUGAGCACUAGAUCAGCAGAACUCAUCCGUGACUAAAUUCACUGAGGAUUUUGGGGAGGUUGAAUAAAUAACAGUCCAGCCCUGAGCACCAAACCUCCUGUCAGUCACAGAUGGUUUGUGUUGAAAUCCACAUCGCACAAAGCCGGGAGUUUACCCUGAAGUGCCUGUUGUCUUUAACAACACAUUAUUUCAUCCCUUCUUUAUCUUUUAGCCAUCAUGCAGUUUGUAGCCAAAUUACGGUUUACCAAUUAAUUCCUCUCUGUUGUGUCCAGUGAGAAAAAGUUCCUAUCCUCAUAUGACGGUCUGAAUGCACUAAAGUCUUUUAUACUGUAUGGUCUGUACAACCACGGAGGUGUUAAAAGAAGAAACAUACAUAUACACACAUUAGAUUGAGUAACAACCUGCUGUGUUUGUUUAUUGGUUGUUUUUUUAUUCUUUGUUUCUGGUUUUUAAUAUCAGUAUAAUGUUACUGAAGAGUUUAUUUUAAUACAAAAAUAAUAAAAAAUUUGCACUGACAACUGAA